CCGCACCGCCGGUGCAGAUGAAAAGUGGUGAUGCUACGACCGAAGAACCGGAGGCGGCUACACUGAAGCGGCCGCGCUUGUCGACAGCGGAAUCCUGGGACAACGAACACGAUCAGUCGCGAGAGGAAGACCACAUGCUAGAAGCGAGACGCACAGUGCCGUCCGUCGUGAUCCCGCAAACAGAACCAUUUUUGCCACCGAGUCCUCUCGAAGAUCGAUUCAUGUUCACGCGGCGCUGUUUGGGGCUGCUCGGUGAAACAAGUUCCCUGUCUCUGAUCGCGAAAGAUGAAAAAAAUUCUCCCGAAGUGAAAAUCGCACCUGCGCCAACGCCGGUCAGCCCUUCGCGCGCAGCUAAUGGGACAAUUACAAACGGCUGCAAUAGCAGCACUGCUACAACACCAACUGCGGCGAGCGAAACUGACCUUCCUGCUUACUCAGGAACAGGAUUGCAAACAGAAAAGCAGGCAGUAUCCGCGUCAUUUUGUUCUGUGCAGGAGAAAGAAAACCUGGAUGUUCACAAAAAGACCGAUGGUUCCUCGUCAAGCAAGAAGUGCGAAAUUCCGUGGUAUCUCCUUUACUGCGAGGAAGAACAGCCGCAGACCCCUGCAGUCGCUGAAGGCGUUCCCGUCAUCUUGGAAUCCCUCCUAAACAGCCCGACGGAAUUGUCUCGUUGGCGAUUGCGCCGCUUUUUCCACACCAUAAUUUUACAGACCUGCCGUGAUCGCGGUUUUGCAGUCAGCUCAAGCGACGAAACUGCUCUGCAAGAUGCGCAAUGGGACAGAUUUCAUCUUUCUGUGAAAAGUGCAGACACGACGGAGGAGCAAAAGAAGAAAGACGAAAAGAGCUGCGGCUUUGAUGAAACUGAAAAUCUGCGGAAAUACGUUUCGCUACUGGUAAAACAGCAGGGGAACGUAAAGGCUGGAGGCGUUGGAGAUGACGUUGUUGAUUCCGCCACCUUCUUCGGCCAAAGAAAGUCGUUUCAUUUGGGUGCGAAGCCACGCAAGAGCUGCCUGCGAGCGCCAUCGCGAGCCACACUGCGGCUCGAUCCAAAAAGCAUAGCGGUACCCGCCAUGGCACGGGCUUCAUUGGCGCAACAGAAAGGCGUGAAGUUUCUUCAGGUUUUCGCAGACGACCAGGCACAGCAAAAGGAGCAAACGACGAGUCCGGCCUCGGCCACCGCAGGAGAACUUUCCGAAAACCUCGCGAUUGCCGACCAAAAGGCCGCGAAACUUUUCGAUUGGAUAAACGAGGUUUUGAUGGUCAAGGAGGCAGAGCGGGCCAGUUUCGUCACGGCACAGAUUCAGCUGAAAGCAGAAAGCACUGAGAAUAUUCUCGUCGGGGUCGAGCCGGGAAUCGGGAAGGAGGAAGGGGAGAUGAAUCAGGCUGGCGAACAAGAGCCGACUCCGGCAAAAGCCAGCAGCAGCAGCAGUUGCGCCAGCGAGUUGCGAACGUCCACGUCUGUUGCAAUCACUUCGCAAACAGCGAAAGAAGACACGCUGCAUAGGCGCAAGAGCCAUUUUUCCUCGCAUUUCUCAGAAUACACACACAGAGUUGGCAGCUUUACCGACCUGUUGAGCGGCGAAGUUUUGUGCGACCUGGUGUUGAAAUUGCUGUUUUACACGCACGACCGGCCACAGUGGACAACUGCAGUACUUCUGGACUAUUUUGAUGCUGUACACGGUUAUUCCGCAGAAAACAGAUAUACCCAGCUAUCGACUUCUGGCACCCGCACCAGGACCAGCGGCACAUCAUCCUCAUCAUUUUUGGCCGCUCCUUCGUCAGUAAGGCGUGGCGAGGUCCAACACCUAGACAACAUGCGUCGGUUUCUGACGAUAGCGCGCGAAGUUUGCCGCGUGCCGUUGGAGCUGCUUUUCUCUCUACAGGAUUUUCCGUCGCGGAGUGUCCACACCGCGGCUCUGAGCAAAGUUGCCAGGUGUCUCGAAGCUCUGCGCUAUCUCACGAUUCCGAAAAGUUGCAGCGUCAUCAAGCCGGAUCCACUCCCACUUCUCAAGGAUGAGAACAAAGACGCUGGUGAACGUCUUCUCGUACAAGCCACUACAACGAGUCGAGUUCUUCCAGGAUCCUCAUCGGACGAAAGCGUGAUCGCGAAACUUUUGUUUGACAGUGGGCACCGCCUCCAUGGUGGGCUGUUGGGCCAUCCGCAGAGCACCUGGCGAAGCGGAAAGGGCGAUCGGAUGAUGCACCGGCGACUCAGCACCCAAUUCACUGCGGCACACGGAAAUCAACACGCUCACCUGUCAUCGUCUCGCGACGAGCGAAGCAGUCAACUGAAGAAAUCUGGAUCGAUCCUGGUCCGUGGUGGAAAUUCAUGCUCGUUCCCAUCUACGCUUUCCCCGCGCAAUAGUGCAGUUGCUAGUCUUACUGGCAUCGUAGCCGGUGUUGGCUGCAGCAAGCUUGACGUUGGCGGUUUGCAGCAUCAAGACAAUAAAUCUGAUGUUGACCUCGCGCAGCCACCGCAUCUCUUCGGUGCCGGCACACUGCUGCGCGGGGAUACGAAGUCGUGGUUCCGGAGCGAGCGCACGCGCAGCGUGUUUGUCAGCGUGAAUUCGGGAGUGUUGCGGUUGUUUGAGAAGCAGGAGGACUACCAGAAAUGGUGUGCGUCAACCAAUCGAAUCGAGGAGUUUGUAGGUAUUCAGACGCCAGAAGCGAGUGCUGCGUCGAAGAAGAGAAGCGGUGCGGAGGAUGUGAAAAAUGCUUCAACUGCGGAAAGAAAUGCAGCUGCAUUUUCCUCUACGUCCGGUGAAUCCACCUCUUCAGCGUCCUCGUUUGAAAAGAAAUUUGUUCGGAAACACCGCGACGCUUUGAAGCAGGUGUUCGAAAAACAGUGCACCGUCGACGACUUCUUGACCCUUGGGGACGAUCACGAGCACCUCAAUGAGCUGGCGCAGGAGGACAAGGUGGCCGACCUUGCUGCACUGGAAGAUGAGGAAGCAGAACAGCAUCACGAGGCCGUUGCAGCCCACCUUGAGGACGCUGCAUCUGUGUCAUCUCAAGGCAAUGCGCGUGCCGAGGAAGGAAACACAAAAAACCCCGAACCUCGCCUGGAAGAUGUCUGCACCUUUCCCCUCCUCGAGGAGAUCUUUUUGGACCACACAGUCACGCUUGUAGUGGACGACGCCGCGCCGAACACGAUCGCCCUCAGGAUUGCGUUUCACGACACCGACAUGCUGGGGUGUGGCGGCGGAACAAGUACAAGCGUGUACGCAUCUGGUGGUGCAUGUUCAGCAACAGAGAUAGGCCAGCAGCAAAAUCUAAACUGUGGUCAGCUUGUUUCGGCAAAAACCGCUCUAAACCAGCAGCCGGACAAUGCGGAACCGAAUCCGACCACAGGUGGGGACAACAUCAUUUCCACCUCGCCCGCAGACCAGAUAAGCAGAGUCGCCAAGGUGAAGCAAUUUGCGUCCAAGUGGCGCAAGCGCGGUCUCCUCGGAAAAUUGUUUUCGCGACGGGACGACGCGGCGAUGGACGAGAAUGUUAAUUCUGCACGGAAACACGAAGACUCAGUGAAUGCACCCAACAUCGACGACAGCACGGUCGUCGACGGAGGGGGCGGGCACACCCCUGGAGGUACGUCGGCCCCUGGGUCGUCGACGCCCCUCCAUGGUCCCCCUCGCGAGUGGUCCACCUCCACCGCGCGUGGCAUCAGCUUCUGCCGCCCUUUGCUGACGUCGUUCAAUGAUGUGCACGUUAUUCGGAAGAGUCUCGGGUCGUUCGGAAAAACCGUGCGCGUUUCGCAGCGAAACAAGGCAGGGACCACACAGCGUGCUCUGUACCACCGCUCUUAUCUGGAAGUGGUGAUUGACCUGAGUAAGUUGCAACUGCUGUCGUGCGGCGUGUCGGCGAAUUAUAUGGUGGGAUCUUCUGGGCGAGACGGGGAAGCAGAAAAUAAUGUGAGAGCGGCCGAGGAUAGUACAGCGGCAUCAAGCAGCACUUCCAUCUUGCAGCGUCUCCACGAGCACAAGCGAUACUUCGAGGGGAUUUUCCACGUUUUACCGCAGGACCGCGUUUACUCCGGAAGUUGUUUGCCCUUGCUUCCCCGGGUCGAGCUCACACCCUACGCGUACACCAUGCCAACCGUCACCGUGCCACUGUUAGACCAUCGGAAUCCGCACGAAGACCGCGUUUUCCUGCAGGAUCCGAGUGAGGACGAGGAGGAGGACGAGGACGAAGACAUCGUGCACUUCGACAGCAACAAUCUGCAGCAGCAGGAGCAGCAGGGUUUUCCGGGCGAAACGACCGGGAAUAGGCAAGAUCACCAUGGAAAUCAGCUGAGAGUGGAUGGCGCUCCUGUUGGAGACAGAACGCCGCAGUCAGCAGGACGCGCAACUCCAUUGGUGAAAACCAAGAGCAGUCCACCGGCCCCAACGCCGCGGCAGAAAGCCAUGAUGCAGGAAGCAUACCAGCAUUAGGCAGAGCAUGAACACGCUCAAGUUCUACUAUUGUGCGAAGUCGGGGUGCUGUAGAUCAAAUGACACAUAGCACUCCAUGCUAGUAUUCUGGUUCUUCAGAAGUCACAGUCGGUCCGCCACAGAAAUGUCGAAGUUUCCAACGAUAUCGGUCCGAAAUUUUGCUCCUUUACGUGAAGAUCGUCUAAAAAUGUAAGUCUCGGACAAAGAAACAGAAAGUAGAGAAAGUAGUAGAGAAACUUUUGAUCGUUUUGGAAAAGUGCUGAACCAGGCCCAGGCGGCCACUUCUGGAGGAAAAAUGGAACCUUCUUUUAGCCUGCGGCUGCACGAUCACAGUUCAAUGAAACUGCGCGAUGAUUAAAACUGCAGAAUCUGUUCCUUCGUGCUGGUGCUGGUGGGUGUGUUUUGAGGAGAAUCAGUGCCGCAGUUUUCUCCAGUGAAUUUGCGACAAAGAUAUAGACGAUUUGACAUCAAGGCUUAGG